GGGGCAGAUCCGCAGUCCGGCGCCGGUGGGCAGAGUGCGUGGAGUUCCCGUGAGCGGUGGCGGCAGAGCCAUGGACGAGCUGGCCUCGAAACUGCAGCGGCGCCUGGACAUCGAGGACGGGCUGGGACCGGGGGAGGCGGAGCCCGAGCAGGUGGCGGCGGCAGCGGCGCAGGAGAAGCCGCCCACCGCGGCAGCGGACAAUGAACUGUCGGCCAAGCUGGCCCGCCGCGGGGAGCUGAACGAGGGGUCGGCGGAGCCGCAGCAGCGCAGCCUGCGGGUCUUCAACCCUUACACCGAGUUCAAGGAGUUCUCCCGCAAGCAGAUCCGAGACAUGGAGAUCAUGUUCCAGCGGUACGAUGCUGGGAAGGAUGGCUUCAUCGACCUGAUGGAGUUGAAGCUGAUGAUGGAGAAGCUGGAGGCUCCUCAGACGCAUCUUGGGUUGAAGAACAUGAUCAAGGAGGUUGAUGAGGACUUUGACGGCAAACUCAGUUUCCGUGAGUUCCUGCUAAUUUUCCGUAAGGCUGCUGCAGGAGAGUUGGCUGAAGACAGUGGUUUGCACGUUCUUGCCCAGUUGUCUGAAAUCGAUGUCUCAACAGAGGGAGUGAAAGGAGCCAAAUCCUUCUUUGAAGCCAAACUUCAGGCAAUCAAUGAUGCAAACCGAUUUGAACAGGAGAUCAGGGAAGAGCAGGAGGAAAAGAAGAAGCAGGCUGAAGAAAAGAAACAGAAAAGAGCUGCCUUCAAGGAGCUGCAGUCAGCAUUUAAGUAAAGCCAGCUUUCUGUCGAAACCCCUGGGUGCAGGUCAGAAGAUCUGGCUUCUAAUCCCAAUCUUGGCCCAGGUGACAGACUGUAUUUUGUUUUCAACACCAGACUCUGCCUGUUGUGACAACGGAAGCCUUUGGGAAUGAGCAGGUUAGGUCGAUGUUGUUCAAGCCAAUUCUGACCAAAAUGCAUUUUGUUUCUUUUAUGUACAUUUCAUUGUUUGAGGGUCCUGUCCCAUUGCUCUAUUUCAGCUCUGUAAUCAAAGUCCCUGUAAUGGAGCUAUUGCAGGGAACUUGGGCAAAGCUCCUGUCGGUGCAUUGUUGACUUUAUAAAAGGGCCUUUGGCCUUAUUGUCCAAGAUGCCCUUUUCCUUCUGUGUCUGCACGUGGUUGAGAAUGUAGUCAGACUGACUCCAAUUCCCACCAAAGUGGUGGGGAUGGAGGUCCCCACUGUCUCGUUUCUGAUCACGUGAACACCGUGUAGGAAAAGGUCAUUCGGAAUUGUGGCCUCCUCUCGGAAUGAGUUUCCUCAAUAGGCACAUGGCUGCUUGUAACUUUAGAGUUGUGGCCAUGAUUUUAAUUGGGCGCUUCCUGCAAAAUGGUAAGGGGGGGAAGGGGGGGGAAGUAUAAAUAAUUGAGAACAUGCAGCUUUUAUGAGACUUGUUUUCAAGGUGGCCCUUUUUUUAAAUUAAAAAAAAAUACCUUCAGAUAUUUACUAUUUGAAGCGAUGCCUGGUUUCUACCUCCUCAAUCAAAUGGGGGUCUCUAUUUCUGUUCUGCUUUAAGAUGGCAUUCCCUUUAUCCGUGAUUUUAACUCUAUCCAAUAGGCUGAGCACCCUGAUUUAUUUUUUUUUUUUGCUUGUCCAUUUCCUAAUGUGAACGUGUCUUAAUUGCAUCUGUAUGGUACCAAUUCCUGUGCACAUUUGAUGCAACAUAUUCCUGCCCUAAUAAAUUCAGCAAGUUUAGUGCUUUAAAUUGUUCACAGCAAAAUAUAUUUUUUACCUCCUGACACUGAAUCAUCGGAAAUUGGUAGCGUAUUUACAUGUUAAAUGGUCACGUUUUCUGUGGAGUCAGAUAACCGCUCUUGCGUUCCAGAGAGUUUGUGAAGGCAGAUUCACUUGUGCUGACCUGCGCACACUCCUUUUUGCCAUCUUGGAUGAACUGCCCAAGUGGGAAAGCCAUACUCUGCUUCCUUCAGACUUCCAGCUGUGAGAGAGGCACCUGGAGCAGUUGUAUUAAGCCAUGUUUCUGACUGAUUUACAAUAAUUUCAGAGUCAGUCCCUUGAAGGAGCAACUCUUAAUGCAAGGAUUAACUAUGUGUAUCUCCCUAUGCAUAUUAUACAAAUGUUCAAGCAGUGACUUGGUGGGUGCAGUGGGAGAGGGUUUCCACUGUUCUAAGUUAUUAUUGACCCCUUAAAGUACCACUUUGCAAUAUAGAAAUGCCAUUGAUCAGGGCAACUUGUAAUCUGUAUCAUGUCUUCCUUCAAGUUCUGAGCAAUAUUGGGAGCAUUUCAGUUCUUCCAUGAUCCUCAUCUCUGCAGCAUCCUGACUCUGAUUUUCUGGUUUGAAACUAAGCAAACACUUGGUGUUCUCUUCCUCAUGACCUCCCUGUGCAACCCUGUUGACCUUUGGACCCUAGACCAAGAGGAGGUAGCAGCAUUCAGUAUUGGCUUCCCAAUUACCUGCCUUCAGACCGUCUGGGGCAGGUGGAACUCUGUUGUCAUGGUGACAGAAAGAGGCCAAUUGGCCACAUAUCCAGUUCCUUGAUAGUCCAAUCCAGUUACUGUGAAUCAAGGGUGUUCCAAUAAGUUUGUUGCAAAAAUCCUGGAAACGUUUAUUUUUUAAAAAACCAACACUAUGGAAGUGCCUUUUAUGAAGAAAUGUAUGCUUAAGUUUUGGCCAGGAAAGAUUGCACAAAAAUAGUAAAUUGUCUCAAAGACUAAAUUCUAAGCUAUCCCACUAACCAAUAAAUAUUCAAGUAAUGAUUGAGACUGCUGAAGGAAAAGCAUUUAAUGUUCGACUUUCCCAGUUACCUUCGCCCUGGAAUUUGGAAUACUGAAAAUAUCCUUGACAUAACUCUUUGCAAACGUCAAGGGUGUACUUUUGAAGUACUUUGUUUUUAUGAACCAGCUCAGGAAACUGUCCCACAUCAACCAGGGAAGUAAAUGAAACAAAAUGUAAUCAAAUGCUGGCAAUCUAAAGCAAAAAGUCUGGACCUUUGUAAUAGGUUCAAGAGCUUCUGCAAUAAAUGAUGUGUUAACAUUUGGGUAUGAUGCUUUGCCAGACAAAGUUUGCACCCAAGAUACUGAAAACGAAAAGGUGAUCCCUGGCCAGCUGGUUCUGCCUGUCUCUGGGCUUGGCGCAGGGAAGCAUCUGCACAUUCCCUAGUCUACAACUGGCUGAUGCUACCUGUGCUGUUGGUGACACUGUCUCAGUUGCCAUACCACUGGCUGGGAGCAGAGUACCAGGGUUCUUGCUCCUUAACGUUAGCCAAUAACCCUUGCUGUGAGCAUCAGGUAACCUCAACUAUAAUUCCUCCAUUGUUUAGCUGAGCAGUGGAAAGGUGGUAUGUUAUGACCUCUGGGGGUUAGGACUGUUGGUUCAACAGUGUGAACUAAUGGCUAUAACUUCCAUCGUUGUGGGGACUUAAAACAAUUGGGACUGGCUUAUGCCCCCACUGUUUUAUUUAAACAGCUAUCACAUUCCAUUGCAUGGCUAAUUUUGGGCUGAAUCUUUACCCUGUGUUGAUUGUGUUGUUAAAAUUGUGUCAAACACUGUCGUGCCAAAUACUUGUGCCUGUGAUGUUUGUUCUAGUUUUAAAGGCACUGAAUCAGCCAUGUGUCCAUUGCUGAGGGUCACUCAGCUUUAAGCUGAAGUCGUAUUGUGGGAUUUAUUUAGCAUGACAUUAAGAUGCAUUGAGAAUCUUACUUUGGCUCCAUGCAAUUUGCUUUCAAUGCAUCUAGAACAUAAUGGGGGUGGGGAGUGGGUUCUGUGUGCCAUGUCUGACUGUCUGUCUGCCUCUGGUGUAUCUGUGUAUUCUCCAAGAAUCCGAUUGUGUAGUCUGUGCAACUGUGCCUGUGUUCUGCUGAAGAACUGGCCCUCCCCAAGCAACUGUGGGGCGUAGGAAAAUGAACAGGAAUUGAAAUGGGGAGUCAGCAACAUCAUUCCUGGGAGGUGGGGGCUGGUCUUGGUGAAAGGCAAGAACUGUAGCUCAUUUACUCCAGCACCAAUGAAUCUGCAUGGACUUUACAUAAUGCUGAUGCUAUUAUUUUGGUACAUUGUGUUUACUGAAAAAUUUACCUAUUUUCUAUAACUGUAAUGUUGCUGUCUGAAGCUUCAAUUGAGGAAGUAAGUUGUGUGAAAGAAACUAUUUUUGAUUUUCUUACAAAAAUAAAUCUAAUUAUACAUAUGUCUAAUAAAUGCAUCUUAAGUU